AUGUCGUCUUCAUGGAUAGAUGACACGAAGAGGAACGAUAUCGAGUUUGUCGAAGAAAGCAGCAGGGAAAAUGAAGAGAAGGCCGCCGAGGAGAAGGCUCUGGUCAGGAAGAUUGACCUUUAUCUAUUGCCCUGCAUUUGGCUGAUGUAUCUCCUCUCAUACAUGGAUAGAACCAACAUCGGAAACGCCAAAGUAGCGGGAAUGACCCAUGAUCUCGGCAUGGACAGCAACGAAUACUCUAUCUCUUUGAUUGCCUUCUUCGUCACCUACGUCCUUUUUGAGGUUCCAUCGAAUUUGAUCCUGGCGAGGACCAAGCCGAGCAUAUAUCUGCCAACGAUCAUGGCGCUUUGGGGCAUCGUAACAUGUUGCAUGGCCAAAGUCGAGACGUUCGGUCAGUUGGUUGCGCUACGUGUCGUUGUCGGAAUGCUGGAAUCUGGCUUUGCUCCCGGAGUCCUGCUUAUCCUCUCAUCGUGGUACAAGAAGGCUGAACAGUCCAAGCGCUUUGGCGUAUACAUAUCAGCAGCAGUGCUAAGCGGAGCUUUCGGCGGUAUCCUCGCUGGGGCCAUCACCGGAAAUCUAGAAGGACACUACGGCAUCCGCGGCUGGAGAUGGCUCUUCAUCGUUGAAGGAGCUGCUACCAUCGGCUGGGCUUUCAUCGCGGUCUUCUUGCUGCUCGACUUCCCGGCCAACACCAAGAAACUCUCUGCAAGAGAACGCGAACUCGCCGUUUCUCGUUUGCAAACCGACAAUGUUACAAGCAGGACAGAUGGUGGCGAGCGACUCUCUUCCAUGCAAGCUUUAAAACAAUCCCUCGGUUCAUGGCGGGUUUGGCUUAUGGUUGCAGGUUACAUGGUAAUCGUUGGAUCUUCCACGCUCUCUUAUUUCUACCCAACUCUCGUUGAAGGUCUGGGUUAUACGUCGCACAUGGCGCAGUACAUGGUCGUACCCAUCUACGGUGCUGCAUUCGUUGCUGUGGGCUUAACUGCAUACUUCUCGGACAAGUAUCAGCACAACCGAGGAGCUAUUAUCGCUGUGUGGCUCUCAAUAUCCAUGGUUUGCUCGAUCGUCGUCUGUGCAGUCUACAACUUCACGGCACGGUACGUGCUGUUGGUCUUUAUGGCCAUGGGUCUGUGGUCAACGAACGGCUGUGCUUUGAGCUACGCCUCUAGCACAUUCGCGUCCAUGCCACAAGAAACCAGAGCCGUUUCCUUGGCACUGGUCAACGCUCUUGGAAACUUGGCCCAGAUAUACGGUGCAUAUCUCUUUCCAUCAAGCGAUGCUCCAAAGUAUCUUCUCGGAUUCGGCGUGAUCUCCGGGAUGUGUGCCUUCGGAGUGGGAGUAUAUGCAGUCUCCCAUGUUCUACUGAGGAAGUACAUGAAGUAG